ACGCCAAGCCCGACGAUCGCGCUCCGACAACCACCCUGCCUCGUCCUCCUUCCCAUAAAAAGGGUACACCAGGGGAGCGAGGUCUUCGAGGCAUCCGAAGGCGUCUUAGCACACGCCUGCUUUCCCCGUUCUUCUUGUGCCCAUCUCUGUCUCCCUAGUCUGAUCUCUGCCCGCCUUCUAUAGUGUGUUUCGAUCGUCGAAGAUGAGAGAGUGCAUCUCGAUCCACAUCGGGCAGGCCGGGAUUCAGGUGGGGAACGCCUGUUGGGAGCUGUACUGCCUCGAGCAUGGCAUCCAGCCUGAUGGCCAAAUGCCCGGCGACAAAACCGUGGGAGGCGGUGAUGAUGCAUUCAACACCUUUUUCAGCCAGACCGGCGCUGGGAAGCAUGUCCCUCGUGCCGUCUUCGUCGAUCUGGAACCCACCGUCAUCGAUGAAGUAAGAACUGGAACCUACCGCCAGCUCUUCCACCCGGAGCAGCUCAUCAGUGGCAAGGAAGAUGCUGCUAACAACUUCGCCCGAGGCCACUACACCAUUGGCAAGGAAAUUGUCGACCUCUGCCUUGAUCGUAUCAGGAAGCUCGCGGACAACUGCACUGGCCUUCAAGGAUUCCUCGUUUUCAAUGCUGUUGGUGGAGGCACAGGCUCUGGCCUUGGCUCCCUUCUCCUCGAGCGUCUCUCCGUGGACUACGGCAAGAAGUCGAAGCUGGGGUUCACCGUGUACCCGUCGCCUCAGGUCUCUACCUCCGUGGUCGAGCCCUACAAUAGUGUCCUCUCCACCCACUCUCUUCUGGAGCACACUGAUGUGGCUGUUCUUCUUGACAACGAGGCGAUCUAUGACAUCUGCCGGAGAUCUCUCGACAUCGAGCGCCCCACCUACACCAAUCUCAACCGCCUGGUUUCUCAGGUGAUUUCUUCGUUGACCGCAUCGCUGAGGUUUGAUGGUGCGCUGAACGUCGAUGUCACCGAGUUCCAGACCAACCUGGUCCCUUACCCGAGGAUUCAUUUCAUGCUUUCAUCCUAUGCUCCUGUCAUCUCUGCGGAGAAGGCCUACCACGAGCAACUCUCCGUUGCUGAGAUCACUAACAGCGCCUUUGAACCUUCAUCCAUGAUGGCAAAGUGCGACCCGCGCCAUGGAAAAUACAUGGCCUGCUGCCUCAUGUACCGUGGAGAUGUGGUGCCCAAGGACGUCAACGCUGCCGUUGCGACCAUCAAGACCAAGCGGACCAUCCAGUUCGUCGACUGGUGUCCGACUGGCUUCAAAUGCGGCAUCAACUACCAGCCGCCCAGCGUCGUGCCCGGCGGCGAUCUGGCCAAGGUGCAGCGGGCGGUGUGCAUGAUAUCCAACUCCACCAGCGUUGCCGAAGUAUUCUCACGAAUCGACCACAAGUUCGACCUCAUGUACGCCAAGAGGGCCUUUGUGCACUGGUACGUUGGCGAGGGCAUGGAGGAAGGAGAGUUCUCCGAGGCCCGUGAGGAUCUUGCUGCACUCGAAAAGGACUAUGAGGAGGUUGGCGCAGAGUCUGCCGAGGGCGAGGAUGGUGAUGAGGGGGACGAAUAUUAAGUGAAUGUGUUUGCUUUUGGCCUUAGGAUCCUCCUUGUUAGGUGUUCCCAAGGCUCUUUUGCCAUUGUGAUGUUGCAAUCAGUAAGCACCGCACUUCAAAUCGAUGCUAUUGUUAAAUACAUUGGUUGAUAUGUUUCAUUUGGAAUAUAUGUCGAUCUUUUGUUGGUAUCA